AUGCCUUCCAUGAAAGUUGAAGGAGACAGUGAUGGUGAUGGUGAUAUGUCGGGAGGAGAUACAGAAAGGUCUGGAGGUUCUUCGAGAGGCCCUGAUCGUGAUUCAAGCGCUGAAGAAGCUGACGAACCAGAUUCUGAUGACUCUUCUGAGUUAGAUGAGAGUGAAUGUGAACGGAGACGAAACGAGUGCUUGGAUAACUUAGCAAAUUUGGAACGUCAAUUCACAGUGCUCCGAGAACAACUCUACAAUGAAAGAAUGAAGCAUGUCAAGUAUCAACUUGCUGAAGUCCAAAGUGGUCGAUCACAGGAGUACCUAGGCCCUUUGCAUCGUUUGCAAGAGAAUAUGAAAGUUAGGAUCGAGGUGGCGGGUAUUUUAAAGCAAAUGCGCAUCGAAAACAUCAGGCACAAGUUCAACGCGGAAGAGCAAGCGGCACACCAGAAUUUUAGGAUUAUGCUAUGUUUUAACAUCGAAACCAAUGCUUUCACUUGCGUGGUGCGU